AUGGGUCAAUUUGACAAUCGUGCGGUUAUCGUCACUGGCUCGUCCAAUGGGAUCGGUCGUGCUACCGCAGUGCUGUUCGCAAAAGAAGGAGCCAUGGUGACGAUUUGUGGAAGAGAUGAGAAAACACUGAACGAAACAAAAUCGAUGGUACUGGCGGUAAAUGGCAGCGAUGAAAAGAAGGUGUUUCUCGCUCGUGGGGAUGUUUGUAAGGAAGAGGUGAUGAUGGAAAUCGUCGACGGAACAGUCAAGGCGUUUGGCCGACUGGAUGUCUUGGUGAACAAUGCCGGCGGAACCAACAGUGAUUACGAAAAGCCAGGCCCCGAAGGCGAUAUUAGCAAUUUUGAGCAUACGCUUAAUUUGAAUACCAAGAGCAUCCUGCGGCUCUGCCAACUGGCAUUUCCACAUUUGGCGGAGAAUAAAGGCGAAGUUGUAAACGUCAGCAGUAUCGCGGGCCAACCGAAUGGCGCGUCAAUCCCGUCCGCGUUCUACAGUAUCGCUAAAGCGGCACAGGACCAAUUGACCCGUAAUCUCGCCAUUUACUAUAUUCAAAAAGGUGUUCGAGUGAAUGGAGUUAGCCCUGGUAUUGUAUCGACAAAUAUCGCACAAAGGCAAGGAAUCCCAGCAGAAAUUGUGAGAAAGGCGGAAAAGGAAAUUGCCUCAUCGCAUUCACGUGUCCCAUGUGGCCGUCCUGGAACACCUGACGAGAUCGCCGAAGCGAUUCUCUUCUUGGCCGACAGGCAAAAGUCGAGUUACAUAGUUGGCCACCAACUGGUGAUCGACGGUGGUUCGUCCUUACAAAUGGCAGUGAUCGCUGAUGGAAUGAAAAUCUUUACUGAAGUCCUCGCCGGUGUCGCGCCAUCGAAAGCUUAA